UUUGCUCUCCUUUUCCUCUUUGACACCUUCCCAUCAUCUCAAACCUCUCUCUCUCUCUCUCUCUCUCUCUCUCCUGCCUUCCUUCCUGAUAUGCAAGUUGAGCUCAGAUUUGUUUGGGAAACCAAACAUCCUGGCACUGUGUCCCAGCAUUUAGUGCCCCCCCAUAUCUAAGAGCAGACAAAAAAAUGGGAUCUUCAGGCAGCCCUGACCCUUGGGCACCAUAUGACACCUACAAGGACUGCUCUCUACGAAUCUGUUCAGUCUACUGCCCCCAGUGGUGCUACAUCAUCUUCCCUCCGCCCCCGCCUGAUGACCCCGGGGAUGGCUCCGGGGGCACCUACUUCUCUCCCCUGGUCAUCGCGGUCAUCGGCAUCCUGGCGAGCGCCUUCCUCUUGGUGAGCUACUACACCAUCAUCACCAAGUACUGCAGGAGGAGGAGAGGGAGCAACUACACUCUGGACCUGGCCGAUUCUGCCAGGGACCACCAGAUGAACAGCGGGCCGUGGCAGAAUGCCGCGUCAGGAGGGCUGGAGGAGGCGGUGAUCAAGUCGAUAGCCGUCUGCAAGUACAAGAGAGGGGACGGCCUAGUCGAGGGCACGGAUUGCUCGGUCUGCCUCAGCGAGUUCCAGGAAGACGAGAGCCUGAGGUUGUUGCCCAAAUGCAACCAUGCUUUCCACCUCCCUUGUAUCGAUACCUGGCUCAAGUCGCACUCGAGUUGCCCGCUCUGCCGAUCAAACAUCGUGUGUGCUAAUCACGACCCGCCGCCGAUGACUCUUCCCCGAGAUACGGUGCCGGCCCAAGAAGCUCCUCGGGUGAGCAAUGAUGUCCAAGCGCUAGGAUCCCAGCAUAGAGACGAGACCAUCCUAGAGAUCCGCGACGAUUUGAGGAUCGAGGAUCGCGACGAGGCCGCCCUUACUGUCACCCCUAGCGACGGCCUUGCCACUUCAAAGUCUCCAUUUCGCGCUCCAAGGACAACUGAAGACAGGGAAAUCGAAAUCGGGCAAGACGAUGCUCAAAGAAUGAGGAGAUCCGUGUCCUUGAACUCCGGCCUAUCGCAAGGACGGGUCUCGGUCGCGGACAUUUUGCAGGAUUGCGAACAAGACGAUGAUGAUCAUUAUCUCAAUUGCAUUCGAGUGGAGGAUGUGCAAGUUGCAAUGGGAAUUGGACCCUCGAAGCCACUUGGUGGAGAAGAUUCCAACUCCAACCACAGAACAAGUGUGACACCCCACCGAGUUGAAACGAGCCCGCCAGAGAUGAAGAGAUCCAUUUCCACAGGGAGAUUCAUGUUCGGAAGGUACGGGAGAGGGAGGAACUUCACCUAACCCCGCCAGCUGAAUUCUUACCCCUCUUCUUUUUCCACGUUUGCUGUACACACAACACAAUCACUCUGUGCAUACGAUACGAUACCGAAACGAAAGGGACAGAUCUUGAUGUACAUUCUUCAUCCGGACAUAGAAAAAAUGAGAUUUGCACUUGGGUGUUCCUCUGCAGAAAAAACCCAUCCUUCCUGUUUUUUUUUUUGUUUGCACCUGGUUGAGGUUUUCACCUUCCCUAGAUGCAUCCCAGGCAAGUUGAGGGAUCAGCAAGUGUGCCCACCUCCAUUGAUUUCCUAAAGCAGAAAAACAGAAAGAAAGAAAAAAACGAAGGUGGAGGAACCCACUAGAUUCCUAGCUCCAACAUGGGUUACUUUUACUCUGUUGCCAAUAGGCAUAUUAUACUUGAUUUCAGCACCAGAAAUUUUAUUAUGAUUUGUUUAUAGAAGUGACUUUAUUCCUGUUCCCAA